UCCCCACCUUCUAUCCCAACCAAAAACACACACCAUCUCACCUUCUUCAUUCUCUGCCAUUUUUCUCUCUCACUUUCUCAAUUGAAAAAAAAAAUAAGAGAGCAAUAAAAUUGCAAAUUUUAAAAGGAGUAAAGUAUGGCAACUGCUAGUAGUAGCAAUUGGGGAGUUGUAACCUCUAAUAAACCAAAGUUUAGUUCAUCAAAAAAAUCCCAAUUUCAUUUCGUUAAUUCUUCACUCCAAUUACCAUUACUCGACUCUCCUAAGAAAUCUUCUACUAAAACUUGUCAACCGCAGAAGAAAAUCACCAGUUUUCCCAAGGAGAGUAAUACGAAGCCUUUUUCUAGAGAGAAUAAAUUAUCUAAGCCGCAGUGGAAUCCUAUCCAGAAGGUGGCCGCGGCCGCCUUGGAUAUGGUGGAGAAGGUUUUAAACACGCGUGAAUGUGAGCAACCAAUGCCGAAAACGGCUGACCCUAAGGUACAAAUUGCUGGGAAUUUCGCCCCGGUUCCGGAGCAACCCGUUCAACGGAGUCUUCCUGUAACCGGUGCGAUCCCGGAAUGUAUCCGUGGUGUGUAUGUAAGGAAUGGAGCGAACCCGUUGUAUGAGCCUGUAGCCGGGCAUCAUUUCUUUGAUGGAGAUGGUAUGAUUCAUGCUGUCCAGUUUAACUCCGAUGGGUCUGCAAGUUACUCUUGCCGGUUCACUGAGACUAAUCGAUUUGUUCAAGAACGGGCUUUGGGUAGACCCAUUUUCCCCAAAGCAAUUGGUGAGCUUCAUGGUCAUACUGGAAUUGGAAGGCUGUUAUUGUUCUACUCCCGUGCAUUGUUUGGUCUUCUUGAUCAAACUAAUGGCAUCGGAGUUGCCAACGCUGGGGUUGUUUACUUUAACAACCGUCUUUUAGCUAUGUCCGAAGACGAUGUUCCGUACCAAGUGAGGGUUACACCUUCAGGAGACUUGAAAACUGUUGGGCGUUAUGACUUUAAUGGACAGCUUAAGUCUACUAUGAUUGCUCACCCUAAGGUAGACCCGGUUUCCGGUGAGAUGUUUGCUUUGAGUUACGAUGUUGUUAAGAGGCCGUACUUGAAGUAUUUCUGGUUCAAAGCUGACGGUACGAAAUCUCCUGAUGUCGAGAUCAACCUGGAGUCUGCUACUAUGAUGCAUGACUUUGCGAUCACCGAGAAUAACAUCGUUAUUCCCGACUCUCAGGUGGUGUUCAAGUUGCAGGAGAUGAUCGGGGGAGGCUCCCCUGUUGUAUUUGACAAGGAGAAAACAUCCAGGUUUGGAAUUUUACCGAAAUACGCUACUGACGGUAGUCAAAUUCAGUGGGUGGAUGUCCCUGAUUGUUUCUGUUUCCAUCUCUGGAAUGCGUGGGAGGAGCCUGAAACCGACGAGAUUGUUGUGAUUGGAUCCUGCAUGACUCCUGCAGAUUCCAUCUUCAAUGAAACCGACGAGAAUCUUACUAGUGUGUUAUCCGAAAUCCGGUUGAACAGGAAAACCGGAAUCUCCACCCGCCGAGAAAUCCUCCCUACUUCACAGAAAAUGAACCUGGAGGCAGGUAUGGUGAAUAGGAAUAAACUCGGCCGUAAAACCCAGUUUGCGUACCUCGCCAUUGCUGAGCCAUGGCCGAAGGUAUCUGGGUUUGCUAAAGUUGACUUGUUCACUGGUGAAGUCAAAAAGUUCAUGUAUGGAGAUGACAAAUACGGGGGUGAGCCUCUAUUUCUUCCAAACCAUACGAAUUCAUCACAAAGCGAAGACGGCGGUUACAUUCUCGCAUUCGUUCACGACGAGAUGAACUGGACAUCGGAGCUACAGAUUGUCAAUGCCACAAAUUUAGACCUGGUUGCGACAGUCAAGCUACCUUCAAGGGUACCUUAUGGGUUCCAUGGAACUUUCAUCAAUGCUACCGAUUUACAGAGGCAAGCAUAGGUGAUAUAUAAAAACCCAAUUAAAAUUAGUCAGGUGAAGAAAUCUACCAGAGGGAUCUGCAGAUAUGUCCCCGGAGAUUCUUCUAUUUGCAAAGGAGCUAGAAAUCCUUUUUUUGAAGGGGUUUUCAGCAUUUUUUUUUUUACCUUUUUUAAAACAAGAGAAGGAAAGGUUUUGAGGAACCAGCUUGAAGCUUUUUGGAUAUAGUAGAUGAAGCUCAGCUGGGUUUCUGUUGAUUCUUUCACUUCCUGUGCAUUGAAGUAUAUACUUCUACAUAUAAUUAUAUACUACUCCGUAGUGUUUUAGAUAGAGUUAGUAAUGAAAGAAUGAUUCGCUAUGUACAUUUUAUCAACCUUUUGUGUACUCUGUUUUUACAGACUACCCUUGUGAGUUGUGUAUAUGGAAAAUAUUCUCAUAUGAUAA